CGCGGCUUAGUGGAUGGUUUGGUUUAGCGUUGCUUAUGCUGCAGCUGCUGGAAAGGGCGGGCUCUUGGGUCUCCUUGGCGACUCGAAGUGCAGAAGGGAGGGUUGGAAGCGGCCGGAUUUCUCUUUGACAUGGGCAGCAGCACUCGGCCACCGCCGUCAAAGGGAUAAAAGCGCGGCUGGCGGAAGGCAGGGCGAGGCGGCAGGACCAGCUCAGUCAUGAGCAGUGAUAGUAAUUCACUGGCACGUGAAUUUUUGUCAGAUGUCAGCCAACUUUGCAAUGCAGUGGACCAAAGGGUGGAGGCCAGGGAGGAGGAAGAGGAGAAAACACACAUAGCAGCACUUGGGCAAUACCUUAUCCAAGGUCGUGGAUUCAGUUUGCUUACUAAACUUAAUUCAAUACUUGAUCAGGAGCUGACUUGUCGAGAAGACCUUCUUACUCUCCUCCUGUCACUUUUGCCACUAGUAUGGAAAAUACCUGUCCAAGAAGAAAAGGCAUUAGACUUUAAUCUGCCCUUCUCUGUUGAUACAUGCUUGACCAAAGAGACAACUCCAGCUUCUCACAAAUCUACUCAGGAAAAAGAAAAUGUAAAAGAAAAUUCUCAUCUAUCUGUCCAGGCACCUGUGAAAUUGAGUUCUUCCCGGAAAUGUAGACGUCAGCGCAAAUCUACCCAUCGCUAUUCUGUGAGGGAUGCAAGGAAAUCCCACCUAUCCACCUCUGAUUCAGAAGGCAAUUCAGAUGAGAAGAGUGCUGUGAUGAUGAAGCACAGGAGGUCCCAAAUCCUGCAGCCUUUUCUAACAAACCCACCUAAGGAACAGUCUAUUACAGGUAGAUGUAGCUUUCUAGAAGCUGAAGAAGUCCAGAGUUGUCAUCUCAGUAGGGAGAAUGUAGAUGACUCCAAACAGAUUAUUCCAGUUCAAAAAAUCAGUUCUGAGAGUUCAGAUGAACCAGCUGCAUCAUUUGUCAGCUACCUAGACAACUCUCCCUUUGACUUGUGUCAUGUCUUACUGUCGUUGCUAGAAAAAGUGUGCAAGUUUGAUAUUGCUAUGAAUCACAAGUCAGCAUUAGCAGCAAAUGUGGUAUCCACACUAACAGAACUCUUGUCAAAACUUGGAGACUGCUACAAAGCAACUAGUGCUGCUGAAAAUGACGUAGUUUCCUCAAGCUGGACAGAGGAACCAGUUGCUCUGGUUCAGAGAAUGCUCUUUAGGACAGUAUUGUACCUUAUGGCUAUGGAUGUUAAUAAUGCUGAGACCAUGCCUGGCAAUUUAAGAAAAAAUCUUACUGAUUUACUUAAAGCAGCUUUAAAAACUAAAUGUUUGCUGGAAAAACCAUAUGAUCCUUUUGCUUCAAGACAAAAGGGAGUUUUACAGGAAGGAAUUCAGGAUGAUCCUGCCAUCUCAAAAUAUCGCCACAGAGCCCUCCUUUUGCCAGAGUUUAUAGAAGGAGUUCUGCAAAUCCUGAUUUGCUUCCUUCAGAGUGCAGCCACCAAUCCAAUUUAUUUUAGUCAAGCCAUGGAUCUUGUUCAUGAAUUCAUACAACACCAGGGAUUCAAACUAUUUGAAACCACUGUACUGCAGAUGGAGUGGCUGGUUGCAAGGGAAACAGAGAUAAACACGGAAGCAUCAGAAUAUCUCUCAGCCCUCAUUAACAGCAUUAUGAAAAUAAUCAGUACUAUCAAAAAAGUGAAGUCAGAACAACUUCAUCAGUCUGUGUGUACAAGAAAACGGCACAGGCGGUGUGAGUACUCUCACUUCAUGCACCACCACAGAGACCUCUCAGGGCUACCAGUUUCUACUUUUAAAAAUCAGGCCUCCAAGAAUCCAUUUGAGGAAACACUGGAGGGGGAAGUUCAUUAUCCUGACCGGUGUUGCUGCAUUGCUGUUUGUGCUCACCAAUGUUUGCGGCUGCUGGAACAAUUUUCACUGAGCAGCACAUGUUUUCAGAUCUUAUCUGGUGUCCAUAAUGUGGGCAUAUGUUGUUGCAUGGACCCCAGAUCUGUAAUUAUCCCCUUGCUUCAUUCUUUCAAAUCACAAGUAUUAAAAAACUUUCAGCCACAUAUAUUAAGCAUCCUUAAUAAGUUUAUAUUAGACCAACUAGGAGGAACGCAAGUUUCUCAAAAACUUACACAGGCCUCCUGCAACAUUUGUACCAUUGACUGUGACCAGCUUGCUGAAUUGGAAGAUGUCAUGCAUGGGAAUGCUACUGAUGUUGUUUCUCCAUCAAGUUCUUCAGCUUCCUAUAGGUUUCAAGGAAUUUUGCCUAGCAGAGGAUCUGAAGAUACGUUACUGAAAUGGGAUGCCUUGGAGGCAUACCAGAGUCUUGUUUUUGAAGAAGACGAUAAACUGCGCUGCAUGCAGAUAGCUAGUCAUGUUUGCAAUUUGAUUCAAAAAGGCAAUGAAGUUAUUCAGUGGAAACUGUAUAAUUAUAUAUUCAGCCCAGUGCUCCAGAGAGGUGUUGAAUUGGCUCAUAACUCUCAACAAUCAGGUGUUACUACUGCUGUCAGUCAGACAGACAGCUACCAUAAAAGGAGUUUGCCACAGGAAGUGCUUCAAAUCUAUUUACAGACUCUGCCUGCACUGUUUAAAUCCAGAAUAAUACGAGAGUUGUUCAUAAGCUGCAAUGGAGUAAAUCAAAUGACUGAAUUAAAUUACUUGGACUCUGUGAGAAGUUAUUCCUUGAAAGUGUUUGAAACAUUAAUAUUUUGCCUUGGAGACCAGCAGAUGGACCAAGUAAUACCAGACCUAGAUGGUUUAGACAAUGAUCAAAAGAAGUCUGCAUUAGAAUUAGGUGCUUUGGUUCAUAGGCAGCAAGUAGCUUCGGAUGUGCCUCAAAGCCUCACCAAAUUUUAUGCUGGGCUCAGAGAAGUUUAUCCAAAGAAGAAGAAAUCAGUCAGUCAAGAUGCUCAUGUCAACAUGAUAAACAUAUUUCUCUGUGUUGCUUUUUUAUGUGUCAGUAAGGAAGCAGAUGCUGAUCGAGAUUCAGUGAAUGAUUCUGAAGAUACUUCGGGUUAUGACAGUACAGCUAGUGAACCUUUGAGCCACAGGCUUCCGUGUCUGUCUCCAGAGAGUCUGUCUCUACCUUCUUUGGAACAUAUCCAUAGGGCAGCAGACAUUUGGUCGAUGUGUCGCUGGAUUUAUUUGGGCAGCUCAGUUUUCCAAAGACAGUUCCAUAGACUUGGUGGCUUUGAAGUAUGUCAUAAAUUAAUAGCCAUGGUUAUUCAGAAACUUGCCAAAGAAGGAGCCAAGGAACAAAGUGAGCCGGAGAAACCUGUUGAGAUUAGUGGCACAUUGCAGUUGAUACUAAGUAACAAGAGAGGUCAAUCAGGCCGUGAUAGUCUUGAUGAAAAUCUUGACAUUACAGAUCAAUCUGAAUGGCUUUCCUAUGAUCAUUCAAGUGCAGAACAAACUUCAGUUGAGGGUACCACAGAGUCAAAAAGAGGCUUCAUGCAAGAUAAUGAGUGGUCACUCCAGGGUAUAAGACUUUUGGAAGCUCUGCUAGCAAUUUGUUUACACAGUGCAAAUAAUUUCCAGCAGAAGAUGGAAAUGGAGUCUCUUCCUCAGAACAUAUGUGUGGAAGACAUACUACUUGAAAUGAGGGACCAGCUUGCAAAAUCUAGAAUAAUGGAGACUGACUUGGUGAAGCCUUUAUUUGAUUCUUUGCUUCGAGUUGCAUUGGGAACAUGUUUUGCUGAACUUGAUCAUACUGAAGAGAAGAAAGAAAAGAUCCAUCAGUCUGAACAGGAACCUGUACCUCAGCCUGGUGACAUAUCUGAAGAAGCUGAAGAAUCCCAGUGCUGUAGCUUUAAAUUUUUUGCUGAAGAAGAAGGCUAUGAUGCAGAUAGUGAAAGUAAUCCUGAUGACAGUGAAAGCAAGGAUGAAGGAACAGACAUUAAGAGAGAAAAAGGAUGCUUUGGUUAUUCCAGUUUUGCCAGCGACAUAGCAGAAAACCUCAUUCAAGGGGAAUUAAUAUACCCUGAAAUCUGCAUGUUGGAAUUGUAUUUACUCUCUGCUGGCAGCCCAAGCCUAGAUGUCCUUACGCAUGUUUUUCAGAAUUUCUUGAAAGUAAUCAGGCUGAAGGGAAAAAAUGCAAUGUUAGUUAUGCAACAGGGAGCUGUAAAGAGUCUCUUGGUAGGGUUCCUCCACAUAUUGAUACAGAAAGAUACCAAUUUUCAUGCAUGCCAGCAGGUGCUGGUGGAUCUGCUGGUAUCUCUAAUGAGCUCAAGAACAUGUUCAGAAGAGCUAACUCUUUUUUUAAGAAUCUUUUUAGAAAAAACACCAUCUACGAGCACCUUACUUAAAGGAAUGCUGAAGAUUUUGGAAGCAAAUACUGAGAUGAGGCCCUUACAGCAUAUCUCAUUUCCUUUACAUCAAAUACCGAUUUUAGGAAGUAGUCCUCUGCAAAAGCCCACUCUCAUUUUUGGCAGCAAGACUAUAGGACUACUAAGACGAGCAAAGUUUGCACAGACAAAGAAGGAACCAGAGGGUGAAAGCUUGCCUCAUCAUCUACUUUCUUCUUGGCACAUUGCCCCAAUCCAUUUGCCUCUUGUUGGGCAAAACUGUUGGCCACAUAUGUCUGAAGGUUUCAGCAUCUCUUUGUGGUUUUGUGCAGAACACGUUCAUGAAGCAGACAAUUCCUUAGAGAAAGCAAAAAGAAUGAAAAGGAGGAGCAAAUCACUAAUUUCGCAUGACAGUAGUUUUGAUGAUACGGAAGAAAGCAAACCUGGAAUUGAUCCCCUCAAUUUGGGAGAAAAACUUGUUGAAGAUGGCUGUCUUCAUGUAUUUUCAUUGGGGUCCAAAGCAUUGAUGAUACAAGUGUGGGCUAAUGUGAACACUGGAGCUUUCACAUUUCGUAUGUGUAUGGAUCCAAAUGAUGAACUGAAAGCUGGACUGUUAGCACAAGCUGAAACACCAGAGAACACGUUUCUUAUAGGCAAAUGGCAGCAUUUGGCAUUAACCUACCUGCAGCAUCCAGAAAGCAAGAAAAACAUCCAUGGAACACUGUCACUAUGGAUUUCUGGUCAGAGAAAACCUGAAAUUAGUUUUGAUUAUACACUCCCAAGGAAAACAAGUUUAUCAUCUGACAGUAACAAGACCUUCUGUAUGACUGGCCAUUAUACAUCAUCCCAAGAUGAGUGUUUGCAGUUGGCUGGGAGAUGGGACCUGGGAAAUCUGCUUCUCUUCAAUGGUGCAAAAAUUGGGCCAGAAGAAGCAUUUUAUCUUUAUUCUUGUGGACCAGACUUUACCUCUGUAAUGCCUUGUAAAUAUGGCAAAACAAUAACUGAUUAUUCCAAAUACAUAGAUAAAGAAAUUCUGCAGUGUGAACAGAUUAAAGAACUCCUAAUGACAAAGAGAGAAGUGGAUGCUGGACCUUUAAUUGAAAGCCUGGCUGUUGUUUAUACCACUUGCUGCCCUGGUCACUAUACAAUCUAUGAGCCAGUAAUCAGACUUAAAGGUCAAACAAAAACUGUUCCUUCCCAACGACCUUUCAGUUCAAAAGAAGUGCAAAGCAAUUUACUAGAUCCUCAUUACUUGAAAAUGCUACAGCCUGCUGAAUACAAAGGUCUUCAGGGCAUACUGCAUGAGAUUGGCGGAAGUGGGUCGUUUGUUUUCCUUUUUGCCAGGGUUGUAGAAAUCAGCAACUGUGAAGAAACUCAAGCUUUAGCUCUGAAAGUUAUCCUUGCCUUAACAAAACACAAUCAGCAGAGAAUACAUGAGUUAAAAAAUUGCAAUGGGUAUUCAAUGAUUCAUCAGGUGUUGGUAAAGCCCAAGUGUAUUGUUGGAUUUCACAUUUUGCAGACUCUACUUGCAGGAUGCUGCACUGAGAAGAUGAUUCAUCAAAAUGAGAAUGGCCAAUUCAUACUUGAUGCAGAGUCUAGAGCAGUAAUUCAAGAUGUCAGAUUGUUGGAAGAGCUGCUACUUGAUUGGAAGAUAUGGUGUAAAGCCCAGUCAGGUGUUUGGGAAACACUCUUAUCAGCUCUAGAAGUCCUUAUCCAUGAUAGUCAUUGGCAACAGAUGUUUAACAUUAAGCAACUUCUCAAAGCUCAAGUUGUGCAUCACUUCUUACUGACAUGCCAGGUUCUGCAGGAGCACAAAGAAGAACAUUUCACGUCUAUGCCUACAGAAGUUUGCACAUCAUUUGUGAAAAUAAUUGAAGAAGUGCUGGGUUCUCCCCCAGAUCUAGAAUUGAUGACACUGAUCUUCAAUUUCCUCUUAGCAGUUCACCCUCCUACUAAUACAUAUGUUUGUCACAAUCCCAGAGACUUCUACUUUUCCCUGCACAUAGAUGGCAACAUUUUUCAAGAGAAGGUUCAAUCAAUCCUGUAUUUGAGAAAUUCCAGCAGUGGUGGAAAGUCUAUUGACAGUCCAGCACUGGCAAUUACAAAUCCAACUGGAUUUUCUGCUGUUUGUCAAGAAAGAAAUGAUUCUUCUGAAGUAAGCGAACUGCAGACUACAAUUCCUCAGGCACCCGAGCGGCGUUGUAAAAGUCUACCAACAUCUCCCGCUUCCUCGCCAAAAGUGCAUCGAAAAGGGUUCUGUGGACAUGUGGGCAGGAGUGUUGAGAGCUUGAAUGUAGUUAGAGAGAUUGACUCAGUUGAGCCACUGCAUGAAAAUAAUUUUAUAAAAAGGUCAGAGGUCUUUAAAAGGAUGCAGGAGGAGCAUUUAAUCAGUAGUUGUGAGUCUGCAAAAACAGUUGUAGAUGUGGAAGAGUUAGCUUCUACUGAGACAUUUGAUAUUUCAAAGGAAGAGGAGAAAAUGUUAGACAAGAUAUCCAAGAACCAAGAAACAAGCACAGGAAUGAAAUCUGGUGAAGAUGGCACUGCUUCUGUAUUGUCCCUGAGACGUCCUAACAAUCUGAAGGGGUUAUCUCCCUUUCAGAAAAGCCAAAGCAAUUUUGCAGGUUUGGGAUUAGCCUUUUCUGUUCAUGGUGGAUCCACUAUUGGUCGUUGGCCAAGCCUGAAUGAUAAGUGUGUGCCUUUCGAAGACUGGGAACAUCUUGCCUUUUCUUCAUCUAGUGAACAGACUCCAAUGAAAUCUGAAAGCACUGCUGAUAGAUCAACAGAAGACUGUCUUGUACUUGUAUGCUGUGGUCUUUAUCAACUCUUGCGCAGAGUCCUUUUAAUCUUGCCAGAUGUCAUGCUUCAAGAUGUGAUGGACAAGCUUAUUCAGCCAGAUGUUCUCAUAGUUCUUGUCAACCAUCCAUCUGCUCUCAUACAACAAGGAGUAAUUAAACUUUUGGACACGUAUUUCAGCAGAGCAACCAGUGAACAAAAGGAGAGGUUCCUGAAGAAUCGAGGUUUCUCUUUGUUAGCUAACCAGUUGUAUCUUCACCAAGGCACUCAAGAACUUAUGGAAUGCUUUAUGGAAAUGUUGUUUGGUCGAUCCGUUGGCCUUGAUGAAGACUUUGAUUUAGAAGAUGUGAAAAAUGCGGGACUUUUUCAAAAGUGGUGUGUGAUGCCUGUCCUGGGCCUUAUAGAGAAUUCCCUCUAUGAUAGCAUCCUGCUACAUAAUUCCUUCUGUUUCCUGAUGCAAAUAAUAAAUUCAUGUUCUAAAAUGGCAGACUUGCUGCUAGAUAAUGGCUUGCUAUAUGCAGUGUGUAAUACUUUAGCAGCUCUCAAUGGAUUAGAAGCCAACAUCCUCUCAAACGACUACAGGUUACUUGUGUGCGAUAUGCAGCAGUUACUGGUAAUAGUGACAAUCCAUGCCUGCAGCUCUUCAGGUUCCCAGUAUUUUCGGAUUAUUGAAGAUCUCAUGGUGUUACUUGGACAUCUUCAGAACAGCAAGAAUGAAAGAACACGGAUUAUGGCAGUUGCUUUGCAGUUUAGAGUCCUGCAAGCAGCUGUUGAGUUCAUAAAAACUGCAGCAAAUGGAGACUCGGAGGAUCCAAGCAAUUUAUGCCAUUUACCUAUUAUGCAUCAUCAGGCUGUAUUGCAAAAACAUCAGAGCAUUGCUGGCUCAGUUGCAAUGAAAGACUCCAUUAUUCCUCAUCUACCAAGACAACAUUCCCAUUCCUACUGUCAACUUCAGAUGUCUUCCUCCUUCAGUCUGUUAAAUUUGGAGUUGUCCCUCCUGCCCCCUUUUGGAUUUACUUUCUGUUCAUUCCCUACAGAAACAGCACCCAGAAAAUUUUCUCUUGCUCAGUCAGACAUGUUGCUAAUGAGAAUGCAUACAGUUGCAGGUGAUGAACUCAAUUUGAUGAUGCAGCAAAGAAUGAGUCAGGACAACCCUGCUCGUGCCACUGAAGCAGAGCUUAUACAGAGGUUACAAAGAAUUACUGUUCUGUCAACCAACAGAUUCAUGUAUCAAGAGCUUUCUGAAAAUUGCCUUGAUAUGCUGGGUAUAAUGGAGGACCCAUUCCAGAGCAGACUUUCAGUUUCACAGAUGGAAGAGGCUGAAAAGGAAGAGCAACAGGCGCCAUGUACCCUUAAAAUUCCUUUCCUGAAAGAACUUUUAAAAAUAAUGAUAGAAGGAAUUGGAUUAUCUGUUGGUACAAGUAGAAUAAGCACCCCAAGUCAGCAGUGGAAGAGAAUUCUCUUAUCCUGCAAAGAUACCUUUCGAGUGCAGCUUGGAAGGUUGCUUGUGCAUGCUCUGUCUCCAGCACGCCCUUUACAGGAAAGAAAGCAGACUCUGGAGAUUGUAUCUGAAAUUAACCACAAGGAAAUUUUGCGAGACUGUCUAAGUCCAGCUUUGCAACAUGGACCCAAGCUGUCACUCUACUUAUUUGAGUUAUUGCAUGAACACAAGGGUGAACUAACUAGAGAACAACAGUUAGCAGUAGGAGUAUUUAUGAAUGCAUUAAAACUUUGUGGUUACAAAUAUAUUCCUCUCAAUGCACCACCAAAGCCAGACCUCAUCAAAGCUAUGAAAGAGGAUCAAAAAAAAUACGAGGCAGAAGAAGAUGUGAACAAAGCUGCUUGGGAGAAGACUAUGUCGAAUAAUCGGCAAACUCUCUUUCAGCGCUUGGAUGCAAAGUCAAAGGACAUUUCUAAAAUAGCUGGGGAUAUUACCCAGGCUGUGUCUCUGUCUCAAGGAAUGGAACGAAAGAAGGUGAUUCAUCAUAUCAGAGGAAUGUAUAAAACUGACUUGAGUGCUAGCAGACACUGGCAGGAGCUUAUUCAGCAGCUUACACAUGAUAGAGCACUCUGGUAUGACCCUACCUCCUACCCAACUUCAUGGCAACUAGAUCCAACAGAAGGUCCUAACAGAGAGAGGCGUCGUUUACAGAGGUGCUACUUAACUAUUCCAAAUAAGUACCUUCUCAAAGACAGACAGAAAUUUGAAGAGGUUAUUAAACCCCCUCUGGCAUAUCUCUUUGAAGACAAAACACAUUCUUCUCACUCUUCUACUGUAAAAGAUAAAGCUGCCAGUGAGCAUAUAAGAGUUAAUCGAAGAUGCAUCAAUGUGGCGCCAUCUAGAGAGACUCCUGGCGAAUUGCUACUAGGCAAAUGUGGAAUGUAUUUUGUGGAAGACAAUGCUUCUGAUACAACUGAAAGUUUGAGCUUUCAUGGUGAAACUGAACCAGCAUCAUUUUCUUGGACAUUUGAAGAAAUCAAAGAAGUACACAAGCGUUGGUGGCAAUUAAGAGACAAUGCUUUAGAAAUAUUUUUAACAAAUGGCAGAACUUUAUUGUUGGCUUUUGACAACACAAAGGUGCGUGAUGAUGUGUACCACCACAUCCUAACAAACAACCUCCCUAAUCUCUUGAAGUAUGGCAACAUUACUGCAUUAACACAACUGUGGUACACAGGACAGAUCACUAAUUUUGAAUACCUCACUCAUUUAAACAAACAUGCUGGCCGUUCCUUCAAUGAUCUUAUGCAAUAUCCAGUAUUUCCCUUUAUACUUUCCGACUAUACUAGUGAAACUCUGGACCUAAAUGAUCCAUCUGUUUAUAGAACUUUGGUCAAACCAAUAGCUGUACAAUCAAAAGAAAAGGAAGAUCGUUAUGUGGACACAUACAAGUAUCUAGAAGAAGAAUACCGUAAAGGAGCUAGAGAAGAUGACCCAAUGCCCCCUGUGCAGCCUUAUCACUAUGGAUCUCAUUACUCCAACAGUGGAACAGUACUUCACUUUUUGGUUAGAAUGCCUCCUUUCACAAAGAUGUUUUUAGCUUAUCAAGAUCAGAGUUUUGAUAUUCCAGACAGAACCUUCCACUCCACCAACACAACGUGGCGCCUUUCAUCAUAUGAAUCCAUGACUGAUGUAAAGGAGCUCAUUCCAGAAUUUUUUUAUCUUCCUGAGUUUUUGGUUAAUAGAGAAGGAUUUGAUUUUGGGGUGCGUCAGAAUGGGGAAAGAGUGAACCACGUGAACCUCCCACCUUGGGCUCGAAAUGAUCCCCGGCUUUUUAUCCUGAUCCACCGUCAAGCGUUAGAGUCUGACCAUGUGUCCCAGACAAUCUGCCAUUGGAUUGAUUUAGUGUUUGGGUAUAAACAAAAGGGCAAGGCUUCUGUUCAAGCUAUCAAUGUGUUUCAUCCUGCUACAUACUUUGGAAUGGAUGUGUCGGCUGUUGAAGAUCCAGUUCAAAGAAGAGCCCUAGAGACUAUGAUAAAAACAUAUGGACAAACCCCUCGCCAGCUGUUCCACACUGCACAUGUCAGCAGACCUGGAUCCAAACUCAUUAUGGAAGGAGAGCUCCUUGCUCCCAUGGGACUAUUAGUGCAGCUUGCUUUCAGAGAAACAAGGGAGCAAACUAAAGAGAUCUCAUAUCCGAGUCCUUUACCUUGGAUCAAAAGCUUAAAGUGGGGGGAGUAUGUGGGUUCCCCAAGUGCCCCAGAUCCCGUUGUCUGCUUCAGCCAACCACAUGGAGAAAGGUUUGGCUCCUUGCAGGCUUUGCCGACGAGAGCAAUUUGUGGCUUGUCCCGAAAGUUUUGUCUUUUGAUGAUAUACAGCAAAGAGCAAGGUGUUAGAAGCAUGCACAGUACUGAUAUCCAGUGGUCAGCCAUUCUGAGUUGGGGAUAUGCUGACGAUAUAUUAAGAUUAAAAAGCAAGCAAAGUGAACCUCCGGUUAACUUUAUACAGAGUUCACAGUUUCAUCAGGUAACAAGUUGUGCUUGGGUAUCUGACAGCUGUCAACUUUUUACUGGUAGCAGAUGUGGGGUCAUCACAGCAUAUAUGAACAGAUUCACAAGUAGUACGCCAUCCGAGAUUGAAAUGGAAUCUCAACUGCAUCUGUAUGGCCAUACUGCAGAGAUCACCAGCUUGUUUGUCUGCAAGCCCUAUAGUAUAAUGAUAAGUGUAAGCAAAGAUGGAUCCUGCAUCAUAUGGGAUCUGAACAGGCUUUGUUAUGUGCAAAGUCUUGCUGGGCACAAGAGUCCUGUAACAGCAGUGUCUGCUAGUGAAACAACAGGUGACAUUGCAACAGUUUGUGACUCAGUUGGCGGCGGCAGUGAUCUGAGACUUUGGACAGUUAAUGGUGAUCUUGUGGGACAUGUGCACUGUAGAGAAAUUAUAUGCUCUGUUGCUUUCUCUAACCAGCCUGAAGGAGUCUCUAUCAAUGUAAUUGCUGGAGGGCUAGAAAAUGGAGUUGUAAGAUUGUGGAGCACGUGGGAUCUGAAACCUGUGCGGGAAAUUACAUUUCCUAAAUCAAAUAAACCUAUUGUAAGCCUUACAUUUUCCUGUGAUGGCCAUCACUUGUACACAGCAAAUAAUGAAGGAACUGUUAUUGCUUGGUGUCGCAAGGACCAACAGCGCUUGAAGCUUCCCAUGUUCUACUCAUUCCUUAGCAGCUAUGCAGCUGGCUGAUGGCUCUUCCUGCUCCUUGGCCUUGGUUACUGUUGAAGCGUGUUUAGUCCAGGGUAGAUUAUAGAACUUCUUUGGCUUAACUGGAUUUUGAAAUCCUUUGAACAUCUUCAUGAUAACUGAGAGCAGAUUAGCAAUGUAUAAGUGAAAGCCUGCUAUGUAUGCUCAUGCAACAGACCAUAUCAUGGUUGUAGGAAAGUUCUGGUCUACUUUUUUGGUACCAGGAUAGAAUAGAGGCACUAACCCAGAAGUUUAAAUGCUGCAAUGUAUAAUGUAAAAAUAUUUUUACAAAUCAUUCCAUGGACAUGUAUAUUCUAAAUCUUGAAACACAAGUGGUGACUUUUGCCCCUUUUUGUUGUAUAAAUAUAAAAUAGAAUUAAAAUACUUCAAAGAUUUAUAAUAAAAAGUCAGUGUUUGUGUUUAACUUAUUAGACUGCAGUACACCUGACUCUAAACACCACCACCACCAGCAGCGUUUUAAAAUCAAGAACUCAAAUUUGCUUUUCAGAGAAGCAAAUUAUCUCUGUAGGUGUCUCUGUACCAACAUUGUUGAAAUACUAGAAGUAUACUUCUAUGGAAUGUGAUUUUCUUUACUCACUGUCUUCUUAAUUUAUAUCAGAUCAUAGAUUUAUAGCAGGUAAAGUAUAUAUGUACCUGUAAUUUAAUAAGCAAAAGUGUUCUGACAACAUGAAGCAUUACAGAGAUUUUUCAAAAUAAUUUUAAAUUGUAUGUAUAUGCAAAACUAACAGUUCUGAAUCCAAAAGACUGGAACAGCUUGUGGUUUACUCUCUGGAGGUCAAGAAUGGAAGAAAGGAAGAAGCAGUAGCAGAAAUAUGCUGCUGUUUGUCAUAUAAUAAUUGUAAAACCUCUGUGACGGGAAAGAAAAGAGAAUUAUGACAAUUUAAGCAACUAAGUUCAGUUCAGAUAUUGAAUCUCAAUCAAAACUAUUUUUCCAAUUUGGUUUUAGCAAGAGU